CUGGCCACACUGACUGUAGCCAGUCAUCAUAAAUACGAACAGAUUGGAAAACUUACAAGAAUUGCGUAUUAUCUGUGGCAUUACGAGAUUGUACUUUCUAAAAACUAAGUUACCGUAACCCCCUCAGCUGCAAACAUGUCCUACGCGUACUUGUUCAAAUACAUCAUUAUUGGAGACACAGGCGUGGGCAAGUCCUGUCUGCUGCUCCAGUUCACGGAUAAGCGAUUCCAGCCGGUGCAUGACCUGACCAUUGGCGUGGAGUUCGGCGCACGUAUGAUCACCAUCGACGGCAAGCAGAUCAAGCUGCAGAUCUGGGACACGGCAGGCCAGGAGGCUUUCAGAUCUAUCACACGCUCAUAUUACCGCGGAGCUGCUGGCGCCUUGCUGGUGUACGACAUUACGCGACGGGAGACCUUUAACCACCUUACUACCUGGCUGGAGGAUGCACGUCAGCACUCAAAUUCAAACAUGGUUAUCAUGCUGAUAGGCAACAAGAGCGACUUGGAUUCGCGGCGGGAGGUCAAGAAAGAAGAGGGAGAGGCCUUUGCCCGCGAACACGGUCUCGUUUUCAUGGAGACUUCAGCUCGCACAGCGGCUAACGUAGAGGAGGCGUUCAUAAAUACGGCCAAGGAGAUUUACGAGAAGAUCCAGGAAGGUGUAUUCGACAUUAACAAUGAGGCAAACGGCAUUAAGAUCGGCCAACAACACUCGCCCACAAACCCGUCGCUGCCAGGAGCCGGAGGAGCUGCUGGAGCAGCAAACAGUGGCUGCUGCUAGGAGUAAGCCGCAGAUGCCCGAUUGCAAUUCUGGGAUAGGCGUAGCCGCUUCUGUAAAAGCUACUUUAGUGACUAACUAUAGAAGAUAGUGAAAGGAACAGAUUUAUUGUUUUUUAUCUCAACCGUAACUAACCCCGUAAACAUAGCUAUCACUAAACUAGCAUUGAACACUAAGCUAAAUGUUAUAACCAUUAAGAACAGACAGUUGCAAGAAACACAUCUCCUUGUUCAGCUACGUUUUUAUUACCGAAAAGAAACCAAAAGGAAGAAGAAACCAGAAAUAAACCAAAACCAACAACA